AUGGGUUUCUGGGAAUUAUUGGAGGUGGCUUCUGCCCCAGUAAUUCAAGUCCUACUUAUCAGUGCAUUGGGAGCUUUUUUGGCUACUGACUACUGUAAUAAUCUUCUCUCAGCAGACUUUAGAAAAUCCUUGAACAAGAUUGUAUUCAUUGCAUUCACUCCUUCACUUAUUUUUGCCAGUUUUGCUAAGAGUGUUUCUCUUGACGAUAUGAUAUUAUGGUGGUUUAUGCCUGUUAAUAUUGGAUUAACCUUCUUGAUUGGAGGGAUUCUCGGGUGGAUAAUAGUAAAAUUACUAAAGCCAAACUUGAAAGUGGAAGGUCUUAUUAUCGCUUCAUGUUCAACAGGAAAUUUGGGUAACCUUCCUGUUGUAAUUAUCCCUGCCAUCUGUGAUCAGAAAGGAGGCCCAUUUGGUACACGUGAUGAAUGCCGCAAUAGGGCACUCUCCUAUGCUUCUUUCUCUUUGGCUAUUGGUGGCAUCUUCAUAUGGACCUAUACAUACCAACUAGUACGAAACAGAUCCAUGAGAUACAAGGCAUUUGAGGCUGCUGAGAUCUUGAAGAUUCCCAACAUAGACCUAGAUGCUAAUGCAGAAACUCACCUUCUCAAGGGAAAUGACAAUGAAAACACUAAUAUUGGAGACUCAGAGAACCAAAUUGUAAGAUUCCAUGUGAUAGAAACUCUGAGCCAAAUUCUGCAAGAACUAAUGUCACCCCCAACAAUUGCUACAUUUUUUGGUUUCCUCUUUGGUGGGGUUAAAUGGCUAAGGAACCUAAUAAUAGGACACAAUGCUCCACUAAAAGUGAUCCAAGACUCCAUUGAAAUGCUAGGGGAUGGGACAAUUCCUUGCAUCACCAUUUUGCUUGGUGGAAACCUUACACAAGGAAUGCGAUCAUCAAGUAUCCAACCAUUGAUCCUCAUUUGUGUCAGCAUAGCUCGACUUUUCUUACUACCUGCUAUUGGAUUUUUUGUUGUUAAAGCGGCUUCAAAUUUUGGUUUUCUCCCAGUGGACCCUUUGUUUCAAUAUGUGCUGGUGAUGCAGUAUGCAUUACCACCUGCAAUGAAUAUUAGUACCAUGGUUCAGCUGUUUGAUGUAGGCACUGAAGAGUUUUCAGUUAUCCUUUUGUGGACAUAUAGUGCUGCCACUAUAGCACUCACUCUUUGGUCAACAUUCCUCAUAUGGGCAUUAUCUUAA